AUGGCGGAUAUAAAAGAAGAAAAGUGCGAUUUUUCCGAAAAACUCACUAAUUUUUGUGUUUUCAGACGACAAGCGAAACUGCAAGACAAGAACUACGUGGACUACCGUAAGGCGGAGAUUCUGCACGACAUCAAACCGAAGACGAAGGCGUUCAAUCUUGCCAAAUUCGACGAUUCGUUUCCGCGGCCAAACAAGAAGAAGGAGGCGAACAUGGAGUUCGGAGAGCUCAUGCACAAGUAUCUGACGCUACGUCCGGACGGGAGAUUCGCCACGUGGCAGGGAAAGCCAACGAAGAAGAAAAAGGAGAAGGCGGCACAGCCGGAGAAGACGGGCCUCAUGCAGAAGAUGGCGGCGGUGACGGGAGUGUCGAAGCCGAAGCAGGAGCAGGCGGCGCCCGUGAAGAAGGUCAAGGAGAAGAACUACAACAAGGCGGUGAAGAAUGUUCUCAUGCAGCAGGCGGACUUUGAGGAGGACGGUCAGAUUGGGCGGAGAGUUUGGGUAGAAAGAUCUGAAUUUGAUUUGCAGAGAUCGACCUGAAACGAGUGAACGAGGCGUACAAGUACCUUCCGAAGGAAGAAGUCGACGCUAAAAACAAGUACACUCUGAACGCCAUCGUCGACAAUAAACCGUUCUGGCUGGUCGGAGAUCCGUGAGUUGAACUUGUCAGCUCAUUCGCUCUUGUAUCCACUAAAUCUGAAUCCCCUUACAGAGUGGUCCCGGAAGACGAGGAAGAGGCCUACGUGGAUGCUGAAAUGCUGACCACCGUAACAAUCAUUUGAAGGAGGUCCCCAUCGGAAAUCGUAUCUUUCAGUACAUGCAAAGUGUGGAGAACCAGGCUCAGUACCCGCACAAUCUCGCGGAGCGUAAAGAAUUCUUUAUGUGGGGACCGACUCCGCAGUUGUGGAACGAGAUGAAACACUUUCAGAACAAGUGAGAAACGGAGGAGAGAAACCUUCGGAUAACAUUAUUUCAGGAAGCUGAUCAUCGGAAACACUCUGAGAUCAAUCGUGGAUUCGACGGCCGAGAAACUCGGAGUUCCCAAAGAGAGGUGAGCAGAAGUUUCCGAAGGUGAUCAAAGAACUCGGGAUUUCAGAGUCAACAAGGGACACAAACCGAUUCUCGAGUGGAACAAGAAGACGAAGACGAUCGAGUACGCGAUGGACACGGUCCCGCUGGAGAAGACGGCCAUCUACGAGGGCAAGCUCGAGAAUAUCAUAAAAGAAGCCGGCAAGAAGGAAUAG